CGCGCGCUCGUCGUGCACGCGCCCCGCACAGGAUGAUCUUGUUACAUUGGAGCGCGGCGUAACUGUGCGUCAUAAAGAGGAAGCGCGUUUGAUCCGGGCGAAUAGAACGGUUUUAAACUUUUCAUCGGAUACCUUGUCAUUCUUCAGCUGCUCGAGAACGUUUGGAGCGCGGAGGAGCGAAGCUGAUUUCCGCAGCGGACGCGGGGGCGUUCGUUGUCGGUCCUGACCAUCGAGAUCCCCGUGGAUGACCUCCAGAACCAUGUAUCCGCACGGAAGACCCCAGGCUCCGCUGGUGUCAGGCCACGCCGGUGUGAAAUUCACAGUCCUGGAAACUCUCGACCAUAUAAAAGAGGAAUUCCAGCUGUUCCAGGCCCAGUAUCACAGUCUGAAGCUGGAAUGUGAGAAGUUGGCGAGUGAGAAAACAGAGAUGCACAGACAUUACAUCAUGUAUUAUGAAAUGUCUUACGGGCUGAACAUUGAAAUGCAGAAGCAGGCAGAGAUUGUAAAGCGGCUCAGUGCUAUAUGCACUCAGAUCAUUCCACUGCUGUCCCAAGAGCAUCAGCAUCAGGUGGCUCAAGCAGUGGAAAGAUCCAAACAUGUUAGCAUGGCCGAACUCAAUGCUAUCAUCGGGCAGCAGCAGUUCCAGCAUCUAUCCCAUCAUGCCCCGGGCUUCCCUCUGACGCCACACCCCUCAGGACUGACCCUGGGAGCGGGUGCAAGCCUCAUGGCUCUUCCCGGGGCCUUCCCGUUCCCCCCACACCUGGUGCCUAAAGAUGACCUCACUCACCCUGAGCCCCUGGACUCCAGAGAUGGAGCUCCAAACAGGAGCGGCAGCGGCUCUCCGGUGAGCCAUCGGUCUGCAGGCCUGCGUCUGGGUCUUCCUCCGCCUUCCUCUUCCUCAUCCUCUCACGCUGAUAUGGACAGUAAACGGGGCGGCGCAGACCAGAGCAGCACGGGACGAACACGACGGGAAAGUGGUGGUAAAAAUGAAGACGCGCUCAGAAGAGACAGCAAUAAAGAGAAAAGCGCGUCACCCGCAGGAGUCUCUCCCAGAUCGACGGAAGGGAACGGACUGACCAGCUCUCCGGUCCUCCGGAAGAAUCCAUCCAGAGAAGGCUCUUCCUCCCCUCGCUCUCAGCCGCGCUCGCCUCUCUGCAAGAGCCCCACUCAGGAGAAAGUGAGAUCUCCGUCUCCUUCAGCGUCCCAUGAAUCACUCUCUCCUGGCUCUCCAGCACCUCCCCGCCCUCUCUCGUCCUCCGCCCGCGGCCCGUCUCCCGCUCUCAAACACUAGGACCCACUCCAGCCCAUGGAGUGAGACUAGUGAAAGACCGCCGCUACCCCUCCCCAGCCCGCCCUUCCCAGAAUGCACGGGGCCGGCCCCAGAGCGCUCGGGCCUGGGCAUCAGGUGCCUUGUCAGAAGCCCUUCAUCCGUUCUCGUGGCCCUCUGAGCGAACCGCAUCUGUGUCCUCACACGCCGGGCGUAAUCAGCCAAUCAGCUGUCUGUCUGACAGCUCUGUCAGCCAAUUAGAAAGAAGGCUGAAUAUUCUGUGUGACAGGCUUCUCCGUGUCAUCUCCCACACAGAAAUGGACUGAGAUGCUUUUACUGCCAAUUUUAUGUCAAAACGAGUUCAAAACAAA